AUGAAUUAUGAAGAUAAAAUUAACAUUGCAAUUGAAGAAGACAUAGAUGAAGAACUUGAUGAUGAAAUCGAAACAGAGAUGGAGAUUGAACUUCCUGUUCAUGCUAGGCAACUGAUGGAAGCAGCUAAGGUAGUUAUCACUCUAGUGGGAAAUAUUAUGACGCAUCAUCCGACUGCUGACAACGCUCUGAUGCGACGACCAAAGACUAGGAAAGGAUUCCGUUUUAUUAUGGACAUGAUGGAUGGAGAUCCGAGCCAAUUUCGACAGUUGUAUAGAAUGUAUCCUGACGUCUUCAUCAAAUUAUGCCAGAUCAUUAUGGAGAAAGCCCAUGUGGAUGAUACACGAUACACAACUGUUGAAGAAAUGUUGGCAACAUUCCUCAUCAUUGUAGGGCACAACGAUCGUUAUUGUAACGUUCGUGAAAGGUUUGGUCGUUCGCAUUUUGCUACUAGUCAGAAUUUCAACAAAAUCUUGAGAGCAUUGAACACCAUAGCACCGGACAUGAUGUUUAAGCCGACUGGCGCAAUACCCGCUAAAAUCCGGGAAAGUACAAGAUUUUAUCCUUACUUCAAGGAUUGUAUCGGGGCUAUAGACGGCACUCAUAUCCCGGCCACGAUAAUAGGAAAAGACGUGAGCUGUUAUCGUAACCGUCAUGGGGUGAAUUCGCAAAAUGUUUUGGCAGCUUGCAACUUUGAUUUACAGUUCAUCUAUGUGCUUAGUGGAUGGGAAGGCUCAGCCCAUGAUUCCAGAAUUUUAAGUGAUGCAUAUUCUAGACCCAAUGGACUCCACGUGCCUCAAGGUAAAUAUUUUCUAGUAGAUUGUGGAUUUGCCAAUCGUCGACAGUUUUUGGCUCCAUUACGUGGCGUUCGUUAUCAUCUCAAAGAUUUCGGUGGUGACGGGCGUAAUCCAAGAAAUGAAGAUGAGUUGUUCAAUCUUCGACACGCAUCAUUGCGAAACGUGAUUGAACGCAUUUUUGGAAUCUUCAAAUCACGUUUCACAAUUUUCAAAACAGCUCCUCCGUUCCCUUUUCAAACACAAGCAGAGUUAGUUUUGGCUUGUGCUGGAUUGCAUAACUUUCUCCGAAAGGAGUGUCGUUCUGAUGAAUUUCCAGUCGAAGUUGAAGAAGGAAAUGUUGCAGCAGAUGUUGAAAACGAUGCGGACAUUUUGGAUUAUCUUUCUCAAAGCCAGCUGUCACAGAGGAAUGAAGCUAAUACAUGGAGAGCAAGUAUUGCUAAUGCUAUGUGGGAAAAUAGACAUAUAACUGAAACCGAUCAAGACACACAGGCGGAGACCGAAGAUAAUAGUUAGGGAGGUGUUUUGAUGGAUGUCGUUGAAUUAACGUUUUUUUUUUCAAUGUUGGAAUUUUUAUGAAUGUUGACGUUAUUUUGUUUUUUUUUAAAUGGAUAUUGGUUGAUUUUAUGAAGCAUGAAUUAUAUAA